ACUUGCACUUGCGCCUGCAGCUGUUGCCCAAACGUCACCCGGCCAUUUGCAGGAUCAAUCACUCACCCCUUUCACACCCACACCGACACACCUGCUCCUCGCUGCUCACCGCCUGGCGCAGACGACUCGACUCUAUAGCUAGCUGUCCUCCACCCUCUGUACGCCCUGGGAUCGCUGCCAUGCCGACCAGAAGCAUCAAUCCGUUUGCGACAUCCACCCCUAUCUCUCCCUCAACCGACGCUCUCAACGAGAAGCGCGAAGAGCCGCGCCGGGCCUCCUUCACCAAGGGCAACAAGUUCACCGCCCUGUUCGGAGGCGCUUCGCCCAAGGCCCGCACCGACGCUGCUGCUCUGCGGGAAGCCCUCGUUGCCCAGCAGCAGGCUCUUCUGAACUCGCCCUCGCCGCAGCAGAUUAAUAUCGCUUCCAUAUCCCUGCCGUCAAUCAGUCUUACCACAGCCACUGGCGAGAAGAUGCCUACCGAGCCCAAGACCCUCUUCCAGCCGCUCUCGCCCGAGGAGCAACGGCGACUGGCGCGAGCACAUGCACAAUUCGGUCCCCUCGGCUCCCAGGCGCAUCGAUACACAAGCAAGUUCGAGGGCGAGUUUGGCGACCCCAUCGAAGACGAGCCGCCAUACUACUUCCUCCUCACAACCUACAUCAGCUACUUAAUCCUAAUAGUAUUCGGACACGUGCGCGACUUCUUCGGCAAGCGCUUCAGGAAACAGCACUACAGCCAUUUGCAGGAGAAAGAUGGCUACGCUCCUCUUAACAGCGACUUCGAUAACUUCUACACCCGUCGAUUGAAGAUGAGGAUUAACGACUGCUUCUCUCGACCCACAACAGGUGUGCCUGGACGUUACCUUACUCUGCUCGACCGCAAGUCAGACGAUGGCAACAACACCUUCAAGAUGACAGGCACCACAACCGAGACACUCAACCUGAGCUCCUACAACUACCUUGGAUUUGCUCAGUCUGAGGGACCCUGCGCCGACGCAGCUGAAGCAGCUAUCAGGAAGCAUGGAAUCACAAUGGCUAGUCCUCGCGCUGAUUCUGGCACAUCUGAGCUUACUGUGGAGGUCGAGGAUCUGAUUGCCAAGUUCGUUGGCAAGCCGGCGUCGAUGGUCUUCUCCAUGGGUUUCGUCACAAAUGCCACCACCUUCCCCACACUUGUCGGCAAGGGCUGUCUCAUGAUCUCAGAUGAGCUAAACCACUCCUCGAUUCGAUUCGGUGCCCGUCUCUCUGGAGCCAUGGUAACUAUGUUCAAGCACAACGACAUGCGCGAUCUCGAGCGUAAGCUCCGCGAAGCCAUCUCGCAGGGCCAGCCUCGCACGCACCGUCCCUGGAAGAAGAUCCUGGUUGCGGUUGAGGGUCUUUACUCCAUGGAAGGCACCAUGUGCAACCUGCCUGGCAUCAUCGAGCUGAAGAAGAAGUACAAGUUCUUUCUCUUCGUUGACGAGGCCCACUCCGUUGGUGGUGUUGGUCCUCGCGGACGCGGUGUCUGCGAUUACUUCGGCAUCGCCCCCAGCGAAGUCGAUCUCCUCAUGGGUACACUUACCAAGUCCUUCGGCGCAAACGGCGGCUACAUCGCAGCAGACAAGGCCAUCAUCGACAAGCUCCGCACCACCAACGCCGCCAUGCUCUACGCUGAAUCCCCUGCACCCCCGGUCCUCGUCCAGAUCGCCUCCGCCCUGCGCAUCAUCAACGGCGAAAUAAUCCCCGGUCAGGGAGAGGAGCGUCUCCAGCGUCUCAGCUUCAACUCCCGCUACCUCCGUCUCGGGUUGAAGCGUCUCGGCUUCAUCGUCUACGGCCACGAUGACUCGCCCAUCAUCCCCAUCAUGCUGUACAACCCCGCCAAAAUGCCCGCUUUCAGCCACGAAAUGCUCAAGCGCAAGAUCUCCGUCGUCGUCGUCGGGUACCCCGCCACACCGCUCGUGUCCUCGCGCGCACGUUUCUGUGUCAGCGCGGCGCAUACCAAGGAGGAUCUCGACCGCAUGCUCAGUGCGUGCGACGAGGUCGGCGAUAUCUUGCAGCUGAAAUUCAGCUCCGGUGUUGCGGGUGGUGCUCUCCCUGAGGAGCUGGUCGAGAAGACAGGCAAGUUGGGCGAGCCCAAGGAGUUGCAGCCCCCAAGGUGGAAGGUCCAAGAUGUGCUGAAGAGGGGCGUUGAGGAUGUGCAGUUGCCGCUUAGGUGAAGCCCUGCCACCUCAUCAGCUUCCCCGCCCUCGUUGUGUCAUUUCUGUCGGCGCCAACUGGUCGCCUUGUAUCGUUUCAACGCUUUUUCUUAGCAUUUCUGGAGUAUCAUUGCGGGCAUUUCUUGUACGAUACUCAUCUUCAUACCCUCGCUGUACUACUCCUACCUUCUUCUUAUCGAGACAUCACGUCUCGAUUCACCUUUUGCACACUUUACUUCUUCCACGGUACGCCGCUAUGCGGCGCUCUGUGAUCUUGCUCACGGUACAGCGAACGCGGUAAUAGUAAUACGAUGGGUGGACGGUUGUAUAUAAACGACCUCAUGAUCUUGGGUCAAUCAUUACGA